AGAAUAGCAGUGCUUAUUGGGGCGCGGCCCCGUGCAGUGAGUCGAGAAUCUGCGUGAUAAAGGACUCUUGCCCAGCGUCGGGGCUGUUUGUAUGUUUUCUGCGGAAUAUCAUGAGGGAUUAACAUUUUAACUAGGUACCUGUAUUUUUGGUAAAUGUAGAACAUGGAAACGGCGCCGUCUUCAGGCGCGGAAAGGAACUGACCAGCCAGCAGGUCUGUUUAACCCGGACGCAGUCAGGCAGGAGGUCAGCAUGGGAAGCAGAGUCAGUAGUGGCAAAAUGGCUGCAGCCAGUCGGGUCGUGCAGGUUGUGCGUCCCCACACACCAUUAAUCAAAUUUCCAAAUCGGCAGGGCAUUCCCAGGCCUAACGUACAAGAAGCACUAAAAUUGCUUGUUGUCAGCAUCCCGCAGUCCUUCCCACCUGCACCAACACCAGCACCAUCAGCUACACCUGCACCUAGACCUACAGCAACCGUCAGCCGCCUUCCAGGCACACCAGACAACAUUGCUGUAGUUAAAGAGCUCCCACAGAGAUACCGCAGACGGGAAAUCGUAUUGGAGGAAAUGGACUACAUUCAGCGUGGAGGACCAGAGUGAUGGUGCUUCACAUCUUACCAAAGCCAGGCCUGUGGAAAUGGUUUUUGUUGUUGCCUGACAUCUUUCCUCAGCAAGAGGAUUUGUGAGAGUUCACUUUAUAGGAAUAAAACUUAAUUAUUAUUAAAAUGUACAUAGAGAUUAUUUCUAAAUGUGAUUGUACGGUGUGUGGGGGGUCAGUCUGCUCAUUAGUUCAAGCGCUGUAUCAUGUUUACAGCACAAACUUUUGGACAUCUGAGUUUGAUUUGAGCUUUUUCCUUAAAUACACAUGUGGUACGUAAUGUCUGGAUUAAAUCAGUAUUAUAGCGUAUUAAAUAAACUACUCUGCUCUCUAUACUGAGCUGCACCAUCAACACUGCAGUACUUUGAUUUAAUGGGACCUUUCCUUGUUUUGAGAUCCAUGUUAAAAAAAAAAAAAAAAAAAAAAGAAGGAAAAACUACAACUUGGACAACUUCCUGCUGCUGCUGUGUUCAUUCUGUGCAGUUUGAAGGUUUCUGCAGGACGCUGUACAUCUGGAUUAUUAAACGUUUAACAGCU